AUGUUGAACAGAGACUACGAAAUGUUCUCAAUGAAAGAAGAAGAAACUAUUGAUGCAAUGUUUGAAAGAUUCAACAUUAUCAUCACUGGCUUGGAUGCUAUCGGAAUCAGAUAUCCAGAAUCUGUGCUUGUAAGGAGAAUACUGAGAUGUCUCACUAAAGAGUGGGAAACCAAGGCUAUAACAAUAGCUGAGAGUAGUGGUAUUGAUAAAAUGACAUAUGAUGAUUUGAGAGGAAACUUACUUGCUUUUGAAAAUACUUAUUUAAAGAGAGAUACAAAAAAGAAAGGACUUGCUCUCAAAUUAGUCACUAAACCUCUGGAUGAUGAAUCUAGUGAUAAUUUAUCUGACGAUGACUUUGUUUUGUUUGCUAAGAAACUCAGAAAAAUGAUGAAGCUAAAUGAACGGAACAAAGGAGGUAGUUCAAGGAAACCAAAAAGGGACCUAAGCAAGGUGAUCUGCUACAACUGUAAGGAAACUGGACACUUCAAGUCUGAUUGUCUAAAACUGAAGAAGAACGAUAAACCGAAAAAAGAGAAGAGGAAAGGCCUCAUGGCUUCAUGGGAAGACUUGGAAAAUGACACUGAUGAAGACGAAGAAUCAGACACCAAAUCUCAAACUUGUCUCAUGGCUGAUCACAUAGAGCAGGUAGUAUUUCUUGAUCCCUCCACUGAAGACCUUCAUCUUAUGAUUGAUCAUCUUUCUGAAAAGAUUAAAUGUUUCUUAAAUGAAAACCAAGAUCUUGAGUAUCAAAUAGAAAUUCUAAAAGCUGAAAAUGAUUUUCUUAAAGAUAAAUUAAGGAAAGCCGAAACUGAUGUUGAUCUUAUUGAAGAAAACAAGCGGUUAAAAGCUGAGCUUAAGAGCUAUGAAUAUCAUCAUUCUGCGACUACAAAUCUAAAUUAUUUUGAGGAAAAUGAGUGGCUGCAUAAAGAGAUAAAAAGACUUAAAGAGGACUUAGCCAGCUUUUCUCAAAGUUCUGAAAAUUUAAAUCAACUCUUGGCUAGCCAAAAACCUCUUUGUGAUAAAGCUAGUUUGGGUUUUCACAAAUCUGAAAAUUUAUUGAAAAAUCUUCUUUUACCAACUUGGCAUCCACCUCGAAUGACAUAA